GGAGAGAGCGAACAACCCCUUCGCCAAACUCAGCGCCGCCGCGUCCCGCCCCAUUCGAGGCGGCGGUCGCGUCCAGACGGCGCCAGUCGUACAAGGACCCGGCUGCCUCGCCUUGCAACUGCUGUAUACCCUGGGCGGGGCGGGGCGGGGCGGCGUCUCGCACUCGCCAAGAGAAGGACGAGGACGACUCUCGGCCAAAUAAACAGGCCGGCCACACUCAAUCAAUAUUUGGGCGGGCGCUGCGCUCACGCUCACGUCGCCCGAGGUGCCCGGCCGGACCACGGGCCCGACCCGCCCCGGCGAGCGCCUGCUAGGUAGACCGACACAACACACCCGCGUGUUCAACACUCUCAAUGAACCCAGAAAACUGAAAAGUUGUGGGAACCAUCUCAUGUUUUUUUUUAGAGAUAACCAUAAAAUAUGGUUGUGAGAACAAUACGCCAGUGGUGAAAACCAUAUUCUUGGUUAAUACACCUGUGCUGUUGUGGCUUGCAACCAUAAUUUAUGGUUGUCCCUGCAGUAACCAUAAGCUCGUUUCUACAGUUUUUUUUUUUUUUUAGGUGUGGGAAGGGACAGUUUUUGAACCUAGGUGCCCAGAUCGUACAAAAACUGUAACUAGCCACGUAGUCUGAAGGCUUAUCCGAGACAAAACGAUUCGUCUAGAUGAGUAGAUAUAUCUAACUUAAUUUAAGGGACAACCCAACAACCCAGCAAUCAUAACAAACGAACAAAAACCAGUAGUCUUAAUGGACGCAUAUUUCGCUUUAUAAUUUCUGACUGUUGAUUGAGCAAAGUUUUGGCGCUUAAAAUGACAAAUUUCGUAUCAAAGACUGCAAAAUUUAGCAACAUCUGUGUACAUCGGGCGUUGCGCUACAAGCCGCUUUCACUGAGAUCCGAGAGAUAGUGUAGUCAUAAUCUGCGUGAGUUUGUUUUAUGGGGAAUACUCGGGGGAAUGCACCUCACCCUCGCGCCCAGACAAUGAGUGCGUUCGAGAUGCAACGACACUGCGAGCGUCGCAGUGAGUGUCAAUGUCGUCGGUACGAUUCGGAGGCAAUGUAGAAUAAGACAAGAGGGUCGAGUGGCUGACUCAGUCCAGCCCCGCGGGGAAGAACUCGGCUUGGCCAUGUAUUGGGCUGGGCUGCCACGGCCAUUCGCCCUCGCUGAGCCAGGAGGAAAGCAUCUACUGCGUCCCGCUUCAUCAGGUCCAGACUAAAGCCGACUGUAAGAAGGGUUUUACAGUGUCCGUAUUUGUGCCACCGUUCCUCAGCAGGACCAUGGCCAGUCUUCUCCUCGCCGUCCUCCUCCUGCUUUGCGGCUCCGGCCACGCUUAUGUGUACGAUCGGUGCGAAUUAGCCCGGGAGCUUCGGUACACGCACGGGAUCAGCCGCUCUGACAUUCCGACCUGGGUCUGCAUCGCAUGGGAGGAGUCCAAAUACGACACGCAGGCCAUUGGUCGAAUGAACUCGGAUGGCAGUGCGGACCACGGCAUCUUCCAGAUCAACGAUCGUUACUGGUGCGACGUUGGCAGCCGUGGCUGCGGCGUGAGCUGCGCUACUCUGCGCCGAGACAUGGACGCCAUGAUGCGCUGCGUCAGGAUGGUUCACGGCGUCCACGGCUUCUCAGGCUGGACCACCUAUCCCAGAUGCUACCACCCCAGGAGCGUGGAUGACUGUUGGGGCGAAGGAAGCAGACAUGGCGGAUCGUCAGGCAGCAGGAACGCUCUACGCCGUCACAUCAACGAUGACAUCUUCCACAACAUGUGGACCAACCCGACUGUCGGAUGCAACCAGCAAAGCGGCCUUUUUAAAUAACCCCUGCUGAACCAAACGAACAAAUGUCAGUUUUUCUGAAAUGAUUUGCUCAUAUCAACCACGGAACAAGACUUCUUAAAACCAAUGAACGCAAUUUUUAAUUAAAAGGUGACGAUGAUUAUGCAGCUAGAAAACUUGCAAUUUUAUUUUUAAUGUAAGAACUCAAUUUUGGAAAAUUUAAAUUUUAAGCCGCAAUAACUCCU